CUGGCGGAUGAAGUACGCAUUGCUUAACCUCCAAAAAAAAUGUAUUAGCAAACAAACAAGACGUCAGUUGUGUUAUGCGUUUGAGGUUAAGUUUAUUUUGUUAGUUUUAUCGUUUGAAGAAUGUUAGCUUUGCAGCAAUAUUCAAGUAGCGAGGACGAGAAUGGUGAUGAGGAGAAGCAGGAGACGUUAGAGGAGGUGAAUCCAGAAUUCUCGAUCAAGAAGUCUCUGGUUGUGUGUGCAGCACCACUUGUGCUUCCGACAGGUUCCGAGGAGUGCAUCCAGCAUAUUGAUCCAACAGCCAAAGAGAUUGAACACAAUCCCAGAUAUGAGGAAUUAUUUGCACCGGCUCUGGGGCCAGCCAAUCCCUAUAAGACCAGACAGAUGAAAUCCGAUAGAAAUAUAUUGUCUGGCUACGUGGAACCAGCUCAUUUAAGUGCCUUUCAGUUCGAGAAUCAGAGGAGGACUUUUAACAGUUACGGGUAUGCUUUGGAUCCCACGGUGGGGACAUCAGAGGAGACGGGGGAUAAAGUUGUUGGAUCUGCAGAGAUGAAGGACGAAGCUAAAGGGAAGACUGUGUUUGAGAGUACAAAGUUGAGGCCUCUGGAUAAGAGGAAGAGGAGCAAGAACGAUAACCCAGGGGAUAUAGACGGGUUUUUGGGACCUUGGGGUGGAUUUGUGGAUGAGCAGAGGGUGAUGAAGCCCAGUGAGGAGGAGGCCGCUGAAAUGGAGGAGCUGGUUUCUAAGAGGCACAAGAAAGGGAAACCGGUGGAGGAGAAGCAGAUCGAGGAGAAGACGACGUUGCAUAUUGGAGAUCCUGUGGAUUAUCAGGGAAGGUCGUUCUUGCACGCGCCGCAUGAUGUGGGCGUUAAUUUGAGGACUGAUACACCACCAGAUAAGUGUUUCUUGCCAAAGACUCACAUUCAUACGUGGUCGGGCCAUUCCAAGGGCAUCGCGGCUAUCCGAUGGUUCCCGAAAACCGCGCAUCUGCUGCUCUCUGCCAGCAUGGAUUGUAGGAUCAAAAUAUGGGAGGUGUACAAUGAGAGGAGAUGCAUUCGAACGUAUUUCGGUCAUCGACAGGCCGUGCGAGAUAUCAACUUUAAUAACUCGGGAAAGCACUUCUUGUCCGCUGGAUACGAUAGGUACAUCAAGUUGUGGGACACGGAGACCGGGCACGUGAUUUCAAGAUUCACCAGCAGAAAGAUUCCCUAUUGCGUUAAAUUCAAUCCGGAUGGUAACAAACAACAUCUGUUUGUAGCAGGAACUUCCGAUAAGAAGAUUAUAUGCUGGGACACACGGAGCGGCGAUAUCGUUCAGGAAUACGAUAGGCAUUUGGGCGCUGUUAAUUCGAUUACUUUCGUGGAUGACAACAGGAGGUUCGUGACGACGUCCGAUGAUAAGAGUUUGAGGGUUUGGGAAUGGGACAUUCCCGUCGAUAUGAAAUACAUUGCGGAUCCGACGAUGCACUCGAUGCCGUCGGUGACUCCAGCGCCGAACGGGAAAUGGUUGGCGUGUCAGAGUAUGGACAACAAGAUUGUCAUCUUCUCCGCGUUGAAUCGAUUCAAGAUGAACAGGAAGAAGACGUUCACGGGACACAUGGUUGCAGGGUACGCCUGCUCCCUUGAUUUCUCACCUGACAUGAGUUACUUGGUAUCCGGUGAUGCCGAUGGAAAAUGCUACGUGUGGGAUUGGAAGACGACGAAGCUGUACAAGAAGUGGAAAGCUCACGACAACGUCUGCAUCAGCACCCUGUGGCAUCCGCACGAGCCGAGCAAGAUGGUCAGCGCCGGAUGGGACGGUCUCAUCAAAUAUUGGGAUUAAGAAUAGAGAAACACUUUGAAAUGUAUUAAUUUUUAAUAAACAUGUAAAUUUUGUU